CAUACAAAACACAGUUCCCAUUCCCAGUUCCUUCCCGCCUCUUUCGCCGGCAUUUGCGCUCAUGCCACUCGCCGUCCGGCGAAUAAUCUCCGAUCAUACUCCGGUUUGGAAUGCAAGUCGAAAGCUCUUAUAAUCUGGGCCGUUUUUCAAUGAUUGUCAAUGUGCGUCGCCUACAGAACUCUUUUAAGGUACACUGGUCUUCUUCUCUGAGUCCAUCCCAAACCCUAAUCCUUAAAUUCUUAAACGAGUACUGUUCUUCGUCUUCUUCUGAUUCGGGCACUCAUGCUUUUGAUUAUAUUGCUCAAUUUUUGCCUUCCAACGAUGGUACUUUGAAAUUGAUCUCUGUGAAUUCCGUGAAUACAAAUGACCGGCGUCGAGUCACUGUUGGGUUAUCCAAAGCGAUUAAGCUGUAUCAGGGAUACGCAUUGAAGGGAUUAUCGAGAAAUUUCUGUCCCUUUUUAUUGGUUGAGAUUAUGAAACUGUUUGAAUGUCGGGAGACCGCGUUUGCGUUCUUCAAGCUAGCAUUUAAGGACGACUCUGAAGAGACUGUUAGGUCUUGUUGUAUAGUGGCACAUCUCUUAGCUGCAGAACGACUUCGUUUUCUCGCUCAAGAUAUUAUUUCGUGGGUUGUUGCAAGAAUUGGUCCAGGUAGGAGCAAGAAUUUGGCGGCAUUUAUGUGGGAUGGUCACUGUGAAUACGAAUCUGAUCUUUCAGUUUUAGACACUCUAAUGCGGGCGUUUAUGAAGUCGGAAAUGCAUUUUGAGGCAUUAGAAAUAUUGAGUAAGAUGCGGGAGGUGGGAGUGACACCAAAUGCAUCGGCCAUUUCGAUUCUUUUUAGAUUGCUUCUUAGAGCUGGUGAUUAUGGUGCUGUAUGGAAGUUGUUUGGGGAUUUGGUUCGAAAGGGACCUCGCCCCAAUAAUUAUAUGUUUAACGUAAUGAUUCUUGAGUUUUGUAGAAAAGGUUGGACUAGAAUUGGAGAAGGUCUAUUGCAUGUAAUGAGGAAAUUUAGAUGUGAACCAGAUGUUUAUUCGUAUAAUAUUGUGAUAAAUGCAAACUGCUUAAAAGGGCGAUCAUCAGAUGCACUUCAUUUGGUGAAUUUGAUGAUCGCAAAUGGCUGUAAACCUAGUAUUGCUACACUCAGUACCAUCAUCGAUGCCUUCUGCAAGGAGGGAAACAUAGAGUUAGCUAGGAAAAUUUUUGAUGAAAUUGAAGACAUAGGUCUUUCUCAAAAUACUAUAGUCUAUAAUAGCAUGAUCAAUGGGUAUGUCAAGGCAAGAGACAUUGGUCAAGCAAACUUGCUAUUUGAAGAAAUGAGGACCAAGGAUAUAGUUCCAGAUGGCAUUACUUUCAAUAUAUUGGUUGCUGGUCAUUACAGAUAUGGAAGGUUGGAGGAUGGGGAUCGAUUAUUAAGGGAUUUAUCUGUGUCUGGGUUGCUUCAUGAUUCUUCCCUAUGUGAUGUAACUGUUGCAGGAUUGUGCUGGGCAGGUAGGUAUGAUGAAGCCAUGCAGUUUUUAGAGGAUUUACUCGAGAAAGGAAUUCCUCCAAGUGUGGUUGCUUUUAAUUCCAUUAUUGCAGCAUACGGCAGUGCAGGUUUAGAAGAGAGGGCAUUUUAUGCCUAUGGUACAAUGGUGAAAUUUGGUUUAACCCCUUCAUCUUCCACAUGCAGUUCCUUGCUUAUCAGCCUAGUUAGGAAGGGGAGCCAUGACGAAGCAAGGAUAGUUUUGUACGAUAUGAUAGCAAAAGGAUUCCCUGUCACUAGCAUGGCUUUUACAGUUCUUUUGGAUGGGUACUUCAGGAUAGGACACAUUAAUACGGCUGAAAGUUUGUGGAAUGAGAUGAAGGGUAGGGGGGUUUUUCCAGAUGCUGUUGCAUUUGCAGCUUUUAUUAAUGGGCUCUGUAUGUCUGGUUUGAUGGAGGAUGCUUAUGAUGUAUUCUCUGACAUGUUGAAAAAAGGGUUUGUGCCUAAUAAUUUUGUGUACAAUUCCUUGAUCGGUGGAUUCUGUAAAGUGGGUAAACUAAAUGAAGCUCUAAAGUUGGAGAGGGAAAUGAAGAAAAGGGGACUUCUUCCAGAUAUUUUUACAACGAAUAUGAUAAUUGGUGGGUUAUGCAAACAAGGUAGGAUGAAGUUAGCAACUGAGACAUUCAUGGACAUGUAUAGGGUGGGUUUAUCUCCUGAUAUUGUCACUUACAACACAUUGAUUGAUGGUUACUGUAAAGCAUUUGACAUGGUUGGUGCAGAUGAUUUGGUGAUGAAAAUGUCAGAUAGUGGGUGGGAACCUGAUAUCAUGACUCAUAAUAUACGAAUUCAUGGUUUCUGCACUGCCCGAAAAAUCGAUCGGGCUGUGAUGAUACUUGAGGAGCUUGUUUCAGCCGGAGUUGUUCCAAACACUGUAACAUACAAUACUAUGAUCAAUGCUGUCUGUAAUAUCAUCUUGGAUCACGCUAUGAUUUUAACUGCAAAAUUGCUUAAGAUGGCGUUUGUUCCAAAUAUUGUGACAGCAAAUGUGUUGUUGUCUCAAUUUUGCAAGCAAGGGAUGCCAGAGAAAGCCAUAUUUUGGGGUCAGAAGUUGAGUGAGAUUCAUGUAGAUUUUGAUGAAACGACAAAUAAAAUAAUGAACAGGGCCUACCGUGUUUUACAAGAAGGUGGCGAGCUUAUUAGUACAUCAUACGAGAAAAGCGUGUUUAUGGAUUUUCUCAUGUAUAUUACUUAUGAUUAUUUUUGUAGAACUAAACCCUUAAGAGAAAAUGAUGAUAGAUCAACAUUUGAAACUAGUAUUUCAGUCAGUUCAAUACGUUCAUUGAAGUAUAAGCUUUCUUAUUCAAUUAUUUGAGCAGGAUCUACUUGCAUAAUGAUUGUUCAAGAAAUGCACUGUUGAGGAAUGUAUAUAUUAUUUUCUGGCUUGGGAGCAGCAGCAGAAUAUUUUUAAGAUAUGGAAAGAAAGGUAGAAAUAAGAAAGAUAUUAUUUAAAAUAAGAAAGAUAUUAUUUACUCUGAAUUUUUUCAGGACUACCUCUACCUGUAUAAAAUAUGCAUCUACCAGGCAUGAUGCUGGCAUGCAAGUGAUGUGCUAUCGGCAUUACGAUGAUUGUUGAAGUUCCCAUCUCUGAAAGAGGAAAAAAGGCAAUGACCUUGAUUGUUCUGGAGAAAAGGAUCAUGAGGCCGAGCAUGACAUCCCAUUUACUUCGCUUUUACUUGACGGCGUGGAUAAGGUACGUGGGAAUUCAGAUAUCAAGGAAAUCUGGUGGUACAUGGUCCUCUAAAGUCGAGAUGCUUUGAACAUAAAUGCAAAAUAACGAUAGAAAACUCAAUUAGCUGGUUUCACUCGUAUCAUUUUGCUCAUGUUUUAUCAUGAAGAAACAAAAAACCAGAGAGUGCUAACGUUCUUAAGGUAUUGAUCUGCAACUUCAUAAUGAGAAACAGAGAAUCAGAAAUCAUGACCCGAUCAGAGUGUAUGAUGGUUGAACUCAAAAGAUCAUGUCAACUUUUGUGCCUGAGUUGAGAGGGGAAGAUGGAAGGAUUUACAAGGUUUGGAAUAUUACUUUGAGUAACUCUAGAUAUUGUCAGAGUGAAGUAUCAUUAAUUAGAGCAUUCUACUACAUUGUGGAUCCUUAUCCAAGAGUUUCGUAAUUUGAUAAUGGCGCGUGAACUGAUACAAACACUCAAAGUUGUAUCUGUAUGGCCAUUUCAAUAAAUUAGACUUGAUGAAGCAUCAAGCCAGCAUGAAAUCUGUCACACUCAAAGUAGUUAGAGCAGCUGAACAACAAUUGACCCAAUUUUGAGAAUGUUCCUGGAGGAUUCAUCCUUAGAGGUAAUAUUUUGAAAAACUUGUCUUGAAUAACAUAUAUCCAAUUAAUCCCGUGUUUUUGCUUUUUUGAUGGCUUUGGAGGUAAGUGGUAACAUGAUGUGCGAUUAUUCGUACUUCAGGUUGGAUAGGCAUUUUAGCAUUCAGUAGCUUGGUCUAUAAUUUAACCUUGUAAAUCUGUUAAUGGUAUGAUCUUAUCUAUUGGAUCACCAUAACACCUGCGCAAAAGUUGCAUAUAUUUUUUACUCAGUGAACAGUAACACAUUGAAGAAUUCAUGUGGCAAUGAUAUUUCGUAGUUUGACUUUUCUUUUACUUGGUCUUAUCGUUUUUUUUUACUUAUUUAUCACUUUGGUGUAUGUUUUUAUAGAUUGAUUUCAACUUAGGCUGCUCACGUGAGUGGUUUUUAGUCCCAAAUCGCUGGCGACAAGGAGACUUAUAAAUUAGAUAUCAUGUAGGGUGAAAGCUGAGUGAUGGAAAGCAAGUUGAAUGUUAUUUAUAACUUUUUAAAAAAAUCAAUAAAUAAGCAACUGCUAAAACAGUUAGUAGAAUGAUAAUAAUUAUUGAAUU